UUUUGUUUAUCACAGAACAACCGAGCGCAUUAGAAGUAUCGUGAGAAAAACGAAAAUAAGGCGAUAUUUGUAGUGUAACAAUGAUCAAAGUUGCUAUUUUAUUGGCAUGCCUUGUGGGCCUAACCGUUGCGCAAACCACGCUGUCGGAUGAAUCUGUCUGUAAAUAUGAGGAUGAAUUGUGGGGCGCAGACGACGGUUUGAAAUUCUAUUUUUGCGACUCCGAAACCAAAACACCCGUCCUGCAAGAUUGUCCCGACUCAACUUUCUUUGUACGUAAUGAAACUCUGACUGGUUGUAUACCCUUCUCAUUGAUGGAUCCCAAUUGUGUCUAUACCGUUGCGGUGGGUUCGUGUACCGGUAAUAAUCUGAAACAACCACAACCGAGUUCAGAUCCAAGUAAAUUCUAUUUAUGUACCGCUGAGGGUGCCACGCCAUUGUUGUUGCCCUGCACGAGCGGCAAAGCGUUCGUCAAACAGAAUGGCUAUUUGGGUUGUUUCGAUUGGGCGGAUUGGCGUAAGUUACGCAAUUGUUACACGCUCACCAAUCAGGAUUAACGAGAUUUGAUGAUAUUGCGAACAUACUUUUCAACAUUGAAGUAAAAAAAAAAAAACAUUUACAUACUUACAAAUGUUUAAAGCAAAAACAACAUGAGGAAAAAUACAGUUGUACCUUUAUAUACCGUUAUUAAUGACAUGUAUUUAUUUAUGUUAGCGUUGGAUUUUAAUAAUAAGAGCGGUUUAUAACUGUUUUGUGUCUCGAAUUUAAUUUCCUUUUUCUAAUUUCAGUACUUUGUAAAUAGUAUGGUUUCUGUGGGUUUUGUAGCCGAAAA